GGCUAUGACCAGAGGAUGCACUGAUGAGCUCACACAGAUGCUUGUGCUUCUACUGUAGCGUUCACUGCUGCCUCUGCAGUCACAGUGAUGCAGGAGGAGAGGAGGAGGAGGAGGAGGAGGAGGGUGCUCAGGCGAGGAUGGUGGAGUGAGGCAGGGCGGGGUUGCUGAGGAACAGAGACAGAGAGAGGAAGCUGCUUAGCAGACGAGCAAGGAGGGAGGAGGAGGAGGAAGAGAGUGAGCUAGCAGCAGUGGAGGUGAAGGGGGGGGCGCCGCUUCCAGACUGGAUAGGCCCCAGCGAUGCCUUGAUGGAGCAUGGGCCAGGUUUUAGGAUUCUCUCACUGCCAGGAAUAUGGCUCUGUGGCGUCCACUCCUGACUCAACACCCCCCUGCACCGAUGGCGGGAAUGAUGAGUCCGAGAUGUACGAGCUCCAAACAGCCAGAGAAUGGUCUGAUGAUGAGGACCCAGGAGAGGCAGACGAUGAUGAAGGGCUGACUUCAUCCCCGUCAAUCUGGGGCACCCCUCGCCAGAACUCCUUCGAGCUGACUUUCUCUUACAUCGCCAUCGCCGAGGCAGAGGCAGUCGGAGUCUCCCGGCUUCAUCGGGAACGGCGGAGGGGAGGCUUUCGGGGAAGCCGCACGUCUCUGAUGCGCGCCGACACCCUGGAGACCCUGCUGGACUCUCCAGACGUAGACUGGGACCCACAAGGCUUUAUCAGCCAUGAUGACGACGUUGAGAGGAGAGAGCCGGAGAGGCUUGAAGCCGGGACGGAUGAAAACCAGCAGACUGAGACUCUUCCAUUUAUGUCCCAGAACCUGGAGCCAGAAAGUCAAGAGUCGGACUCAGAACUUCAAAGAGCAGAGGUCAUGAGCCAGGAUGCCCAGCCGGAUACUCACUCAUCACAACAACAGCCCCCUUCACAGAUAACCGAGGCCCUCGAACCGGAGCCCCCCAUCACCGUGGAGGCCAUUUCGGUCGAGCUGCUCACUUCUGCGCGACCCAAAGACCCAGCAGGCUCGGCGCCAGCGGACACGGGCUUCAACUCUCAGGAACAGCUGGUCGGCGGUCACUGGUUUUCAGCGGUUAGCCUUAAAGAUGAGCUGGCAGUUUGCACCCACAUUGCAGUGGUGGACCUGAUCUACUGGAAGGACAUGGAGCGAAGCGGCAUGGUGCUCACGGGGUUGGUGGUGGGCUUGCUGUCCCUGUUCCAGCUCAGCAUCAUCACUGUGGUCUCCACUGUCUCCCUGGCUGUCAUGUGCUUCACCAUCUCUGUGCGCAUCUACUACCAGCUCCUCUACGUCCUCAGCUGGGGAGAUGGAGAGCACCCCUUCAAGUCAUACCUGAACCUGGAUAUCAGUUUCAGUGGCGAGCAGGCUGACCUCUACAUGCAGAAAGUCAUCGUGUCGACUCUGUCUGCAGUCGACGGCCUGAAGAAGCUCUUUUUUGUUGGAAACCUUUUCGACUCCCUGAAGUUUCUGUUUCUGUUGUACCUGGUGACCUACCUGGGAGAUCUGUGCAACGGCCUGACCCUGCUUAUCAUCAGUGUGAUUGCUGUUUUCUCUCUGCCACUUUUCUACAAACGGCAUCAGGAGGAGGUGGACAGGUUUGUUGCAAAAAUCCAGGCCCAGUUAGACAGCAUCAAGGACACUUUGCAAAGACUCGCGCAGGGUGGUGGCCCCCCUCCGGAUCCAACCCCCGGCGGCGCCAAACCUAAACCCCAGUAAACAUUGUGAACACCACCGUUAGCAGACGUCACAGAUCCAGGCUGUCACUCUGAAGUCUUACUCGUGUUCUCAGAGCUCCGAAGGAAGAGUCUCCAGAAGCUGGAACGGAGGCGCAACACUAACUGUAUCCAAGUAUCUGAAAUUGUAGGAAUCCUCAGUAAUAUUCGUGCUGCUGCUGUCAAGGAGGAACAUUGUCAUUGGAAAUGUUGCUUUUAAAGUGUAUAAAAAGGAAGACUCAGGAAGUGUCUCGGAUGGAGCUGUAGUCCAAAUGAGGUAUAAGCAGCAACACUCUAAAACAGGAGGGGGUCGUAGUGGGUUUGUCCAAGACGACUAAAUAUGUCGUUCCUAACCAUGGCAGCAUUAAACCGGCAAUUAAGGAUGCAUGUUUGUAGACGUGUCUGAAUAUGACUUUGUUUUUGGUAUGCAAGGAAGUGUGAGUGAACUUUUUCCCCACAAUUAAAAUCACUUUUUUCCUCAUUUUUUUACGACAUUGCUUUCACUCUUGCACUUGUUUCCUUGUUGAACAUUGAGAGGGUAAAUGGAUUCACAGAGAGGAAACUUGUUCACUAAAGCAGGUGCCUUUUAUAACUGCAGAUUAAAGAGAGCGUGAUUUAUGUUCCCAGUCCUUCUCCCUACCUGACCAACAAAACAGUUUAGUGGUACAAAACCGUGACAUAUAAGAAAACAAAUCAUCCAUAAAUGUUAGGGAUGACAAGACAAUUCAGGAUACUUUUAAUUUGUAUUCAUUUAUAAACAUUCUGCAUUUCUUUUUGGCACAUGUAGUGCUUUAAAAUCUUGUACAAGGAAUUUGCUCCUAUAAGCCUUACUUUGUGCAACUCAUGCACUUUGCAGAAAAGCUUUACCAGACCCACCAAACAAACAAACAAAUACGAGACAUCAUGACUGUCUAAACCCCCAAAUCUUCUAUGAAACAUCAUCAAAUCCAUUUUCUGUUUGAGUGGAUCGGCUUCACAAAGAUGUUUCCAUCACCAACUGUUUGGAUAUUUUCACAUCUCGGUAGAAUUUAAAUGCUAUAAAAUAUCAGCUAAAGAUUUUAAACCUAAACAUAGCAGAAAUUAACAUGAGAGGUUUUUUAAAAUGUGGUUAUUUUUAAUUUGUUGGUACAACAGAGAUCUGUACAUCUGUUGUUCAGCUGAACGCAGCUGAAAAAAUGUGAUCAAACACCUCCACAAAACACUGUCUAAUUUGUAGCAUAUAGUACUAAAACACAUUUAUGUCGUAUUUAAUGAAGAGCUGGAUGUUUGAUUUGAAAUAUGUUUUAAAUUCAUCACCAAUAGAAAGGGUGUUGUCUGGGUUUUCAGUUUCUUCAUUUGCAUUCAUUUGCUUUAGUUCCAGCUGGUUUGCAUAUCUUUGCAUUCUAUUGCGAACUACACGAUUCCAAUUCUUAGAAACAGGGUUCAGCAUCCAAACACUCAAGUGACUUCUGGUUUAUUUGAAAUCAGCUCUGAUAUUCAUUCAAAUGUGUUUCACCGAUUAUUGUUAUUUUACAAAACAGACUUUUAUCUGUGCAAAGCAAAUAAAAAUGACGAGAAAAUCAAAAA